AUGUCACUAAUAACUAACAAACAACAGGCUUUGAUUGAUCUGGCAAUCGCUUCCUAUAUCACCGCUUAUGACAAAAUAUCACUUCAGUACUUGAAUUUAAGAACAGAGGUGUUCGAAUUGAACUUGAAGAUAGAAAAACAGCUUGUGGCGAAGGAACCUAUACCAUCUGAAAAUCAAAUCAAAGCUUUAAAACUUGAGUAUGAGCUUGAUAAGCAAGAAGAAAUAUUCAAGUUGCAUAUGUCAUCUUGGUCAAAGUCAUUGGAUGUCAGAGAAAAAUUUUCACCACCAUAUUAUGAACAAUUGCAAGAGAAGUUUGAUGAAUUGAAGUUAAGAAAAGAAACUUUAGAGAAGGACAUUAACAGAAUAAAGGAAGUCCAAAAACCAACGUUAAAUGACAUGUCAGCGCUUGCUAAAAGCUUUGAUGUUCACUUAUCAAGCAAGCGAGCGAAAAGAUUCAAUAAGACUUCAAUUCAGAAAUUCUUGAAUUCAAACACCGGAGCAAGAGAGAAAUCGAAACAAAUUGAUACAAAUAACCUAGUUUUUUCUAAAGAGCAGAUAGACAGUUUAUUCACAGACGUCGAUUUGACAAGUAUAGACGUCCUCCGUUAUGUACGUAAUCAAAUGCAGAAUGGAAGAACACUCACAGAAUUGGAUGACGACAGAUAUUUGUACGACGUAUCCAAGUCUAUUUUGCAUGGUACGGAUUCUGGUCCUAACAUAGCAGAGUUUGACAACAUGAUCGAAGACCUCACGAGCAAUAUAAAAGACCUAAUCAAUCAGGGUUCAGUUGCAAAGGAGAGAUGGAGCGAAAAUUCACGAAAAUUGGCUGCUAUAUCCCAGACAUUGGAAGACAUUCAAGCGGGAGAUGAAGGGACCAUAGACCAAGAAAUGAAAGACUAA